GUCACCUGGAGACACCUGCAUUAUGACGCUCUGCUGCUGCCACCUGCUGGUCUGAGCUGGUUGUGGACAAAGCCAUGGAGUUGAAGUUUGUCGGUGGAGUUUUUGGAGGAAACAUCAAGCCCACUCCCUUCCUCUGCCUCACUCUGAAGAUGCUGCAGAUUCAACCUGAAAAAGACAUCAUCGUUGAGUUCAUAAAAAACGAAGAUUUCAAAUAUGUUCGUCUACUCGGAGCGAUGUACAUGAGGUUAACUGGCACCACAGUGGAUUGCUACAAAUACUUGGAACCGCUGUACAACGAUUACAGAAGGGUCAAGAGUCAGAACAGAAAUGGAGAGUUUGAACUGAUGCAUGUGGACGAGUUCAUUGACGAGCUUCUUCACUCAGAGAGGAUGUGUGACAUCAUUCUGCCUCGACUUCAGAAAAGACACGUCCUCGAGGAGGCUGAGAUGUUAGACCCACGUAUCAGCGCUCUAGAGGAAGAUCUGGAUGAGGUGGAGAGCAGUGAAGAAGAGGAUGAGGAAGAAGAGAAGCACUGGACCCAGUUCGCUGAAGAGGCUGGCAGUCCGGCAAUGAACUGCUCCAGUGCCUCAUGCCCGACGACGUCCUCCGCAGAGUUGGUUCCCGGCUGGAGACAGCACCUGGCUGCGUCAUCUUCUGCAGCCCAAUCGGCAGUGGCCGAACCGGAGUGUUUCCUGGAUCGCCCCUCUGGUGGCCGAGCACUGCAGCAGCUCCCACAGGAGGACACGAUCCUCCCGCUGGCACGCCGUAUUGUGGCAAGGGCUUUUCCCCUCCUCUGA